UCUGUUAUUUAUAUAUAUGUAUAUAAAAUAAAAGUUUCUUGAAUAAAACAUAUGCUUAACUUCCUGUAGAAUCUAUCCCUACUUCUCAACUUAAAACUCCAACACCAAAAAGAUAUCAAAAAUCAACUUCAAUUCAGAUGGCUGGGCUUCAGAGGUCAAGCGAAACAUUCAGAAGAUCAGGCUCCUCAGGAUUAGUAUGGGAGGACAGGUUCCUGUCCGAUGAAAUGAAACAACCAAAGAAGGCAGAAGAAGACGGAGAAGCCGAACGGCCGCUGCCAGAGCUGAGGCGCUCCGACCAGCCGUCGACGGCUCUCCGUCAACAUGCUCGGCCGCUAGCCGCAUCCAACGGCUGUUGGCGUCAGCGAUAUCGAGCAGGCCAAGUUUCGCCAGCGGUCGACCCUCCGUCGCCGAAACUCUCUGGUUGUGGGUUUUGUGGGAUCUUUGGGAAGCAAGAGCCCGUGAAGAAGACCAAGGCCAAGACCAGGCGUGCUAAGCGCUGAUGAUUUCAACUUGGUUAGCCUUUUUUUUGCUCUUGUGUGUGUUCAUAUGCUUUGACGACAAAAUUUAUAGAGAUCAUGUGAAUGGAUAUUGAGCUGUGAAUUCUCGCUUCUUGUGGUCGAUGUAUAGAGAUGAGAUAGACAGAUUUUGAGUUUGAUGAUUGUGAAAACUUCUUCAUAAAAUUGAAGCAUGAAGAUGCUUGUCAUAACCCCCUCCCCCUUUUCCUCUGAGCCUAUUGUUUUUAGCAUGAAGCCA